CCUCGGGGCCACGCCCACAAGCCACAUUCUUACAUAUAAAAGGCGAUUUAACCUCACUGCUCUAUUAUUUACGGACAGGGCGUUGUGUAUAGCGGUGUUCCGAUUGUAUACAAUUAAUUAACAUAAAUAUAUUAUUUACAUCUUAGUUAUUUGCUGUUUCGGCGACGUAACGCAAUAGGCUGAUAGAGGAGUACAAAUAGAAAAAUAAUAGAUACAAUCCUAAAUAUAUUUUUUUAAGUUUUAACAGUUUUAUUCUUACGCCAAUAUAUAUAUUUUUACGUUUGUUUGCUUGCGUAUUGGCGAGCAUCUGGUGAAUGAAUAGGGCGUUAGCAGGAGCAGCUGAUUCAUUGACUCACUGGCCGACAGGCACGCGUGCUUACUGAUCUGGGCGUUCAGGUGAGCGAGGCGAGUCGGUGAUCGCGCCCACAAACAGCCACCACCACCACCAGACCGACCGACCGACCGACCGACCGCCAUGAGCUGCUACGGGUUCCUCCGCGGGAUGAUGGUGUUCUUCAACGUGAUCGUGUUCCUCGGCGGAUGCCUCCUGCUGGGAGCCGGCGUCUGGAUCAAGGUUGAUGGAAGUUCGUUCACUCGCAUCCUGGGGCCCGACCUGGCCGUCCAUUUCGUGAACGUCGGCUACUUCUGCAUCGCGGCCGGCGGGCUGCUCAUCAUCUUCGGCGUCCUGGGAUGCUUUGCCGCCUGGAAGGAGAGCAAGUGCUUGCUCAUGACGUUCUUCAUCAUCGUGCUCAUCAUCUUCAUCGCCGAGGUGGCUGCCGGGAUUUCGGCUCUGCUCUACGGCUCCCUGGUGGCGAGCCUGCUGCAAGGGCAGGCCAUGAAGAGCAUCAAGGAAGAUUAUGGGCAGACGGGUUCCAAGCAGGUCAUCACCGACGCGUGGAACGCCAUCAUGCAGGAGUUCCAAUGCUGCGGCUUCACCAACUACACGGACUUCGAUGGUUCGUACUUCCAAAGCCAUGGGAACAGUUUGUACCCGAAACAAUGCUGCUCCUCCAAACCCACCUCGUCACCGACCUCUACCGCCGCCUCUACCAUCUUCUCCACCGCCUCCAAUUCCACCUCCGUCAACGCGACCUCCUCCUCCCCCACCUCCUCCUCCCCCACCACCUUCAACUCCACCUUGCCGGGCACCUUCAACUCCACCUCCUCGUCCAACGGCACCUGCAGCAACUCCUACCUCAAUGGUUGCUACGAUCAGCUGAAGUACCUCUUUGAGAAGAACGCCUACAUCAUUGGAGGCAUCGCUGCAGGCACCUGCGGACUCGAGUUGGCUGCCAUGAUUGUAUCGCUUAUUCUGUACUGUAAAGUGGACAAGGAUUGAUCACCGCACACCGCACCACACCACACAUCCACACUGCAUCACACCACACACCCACACUGCAUCACACCACACACCGCACACCGCACCACACCACACACCCACACU